UCGGAACUGUCAAAUAAAUGUCAAUUGACUCACAACAAAACCGGCCAUGUACCGGCCUUCUUUCUGUGCGCUUGUUGUUGUUACACAAUUCUGACAGUUGCAUACAUACCGAAGUUACACUAUAAUAGCACAGAAAAACAGAAAACAUGUCGAAAGCCGCCGGACGACUAAAAACUAUGAAGAAAACCUUCGACAAAAUCAAUCACACGACCAAGCUGCGAACAAACAUCCCUGCCGGAAUGGCAGUCGCCGGGCCGCCUCUUGGCCCGAUGCUAGGCCAGCGCGGUAUUAACAUUGCAGCCUUCUGCAAGGACUUUAACGAGCGGACAAAAGAUUUUAAAGAGGGUAUCCCGCUACCGUGCCGUGUUGCGGUCACGUCCGACCGAGCGUACGAGUUGACGAUACACUCGCCCCCUGCUACGUUCCUGUUGAAGCAAGCCGCCGGCAUACAACGCGGUGCCAUGAGCCCGGGGAAAGAGAUUGCUGGAAAGAUCACUCGCAAGCAUUUGUAUGAAAUCGCCAAGAUCAAACUGCAAGAUCCGCCAAACGCGCUCCUCACGCUGGAGCACAUGUGCAAGGCGCUGGUCGGGAUAGCUCGUACGUGUGGAAUCGAAAUCGUUAACGAGCUGGACCCGGUGGAGUAUAAAGAGUUUCUCGAGCAUCGAAGGCAAGUGGUAGAGGACCAGCGCAAGGAGUUGCAAGAAAAGCGAGAAGCGCGAAUGUUACGUGUUGGAUAGUUGUACACUUUAUUAGACAGCAGAAUAAACGGCACUACGUAGAGAAGUCGA